CAGUCCGUUUGCGAGAUACCCUCGAAUUGCGUCGUGUUCGGGUGUUUACGAAAAUCUCGAGAUUUUCGAGAAGAGCGCCGAGGACGAAGCGAGCGAUCAGUUUUUCCACAUUCAUUGAAGUAUUUUGUGUUUAUCGUCGUCGAUGAGGAGAAACGUCGGAAAAAGCAUUUAUUCCGACAUUCGAGACUUCUGCUCCGACGGAAUCGUCGGAGCACUUGGAGCGAGCUCGUUAGAUUCGCCGAGUUAUUGAAACUCCGACUCUCCAGGUCUGUCAGCAUUUGUGUUUCGAUUGGUCCGUUUCAUUAUUAUUUUUCGUUUUAAUGAUUUUCUUCUUCAUUUUAUCUGCUCCCGUCCACGAGACGUUACCCAGUCCCCGGGGAAGAAAAUAAUCAUAAAUGCGAGAGUUGUGCCGUGUGCACGAAGAGAUUAAAAGAAAAAUGGAUUGUUUUUGUCCCGGAAGCUUAUUGGAACGGGGAAAUAAAUGAAAAGAGAUUUCGGAGCUAAGAAAUCGCUUUUCGUAUCGUACCACACUUUCUCGGAUUCCGUGAGUCAUUAUUUUGUUCGCCGUUUCGAUUCAGCUUUAUCCGUUGAGCCAUUCAUUUGGUGACUGUAUUUUCCUAUUGAAUUUUUUAUUAAUCGUUUCACAGUUAUUUCAUUAAAAUCAUAAAACGAAAAAUGAUAAUGCAUCGCAAUCUCUCGUAUUAAAAUUGUCAUUUUCCGGUUCGUUCCCGAUAUCUCGCUUGGCGUUUGAUCUCCGAAUCAACGAAAAUCGAGCCAACUCCGUAACAGAUUACCGGAGGAAUUCUCAAGUUCGCAAACGAAAGGAACAAGUUAUUUGACAGCCGAAUUUGUUUUGAUUUCUCUUUUCCCGACAAACAGCUGAACGCUUAAGUUCGGUACAGAUAAUCAAUUUGAAAACAACCGACGGUCAAACGCUAAUUGUGACCCCCGGUCAUUGCUGGGAGGACGCUUCAUGAGAAAACAACGAGAGGAAGGAGGCUGAAUACAAAGAUUAAGUAAAAUAGAUGAAAAAAUUUAAAAGACAAUAAAAAAAAAAGAAAAAAAAAAACACGGUGACAUUGAAGCUGAAAGUCGGCGAGGAUUUCAAUGUAUUUGAACUUUAUCGAUUGACUGAUUAACAAUUGAGAAAUCUUCGCUGUCGAUUGGGCGAGAGAGGAGAAAACAGGACAAGUGAGCAAAGAAACGAAGAGAAAAGAGGAGACCGCGAGGAUGUUGUGUCCUUCGAGGAAGACGCCCUCGCAGACUAAAAAUACGAGAGAAAGUAUAACGAUUUGGGCUUGAGACUGGGAAGAUGUAAGCCAAAGUUUUCCAGGUGCGGAUCAUCCUAAAGUGGAGUAAUCGUACGUCGAACAAAGUUUAACGAAUUCUGGUCUCAACGAGGACAAAACGGUGGGCCCGAAUCGUCUCGUCGUGAGAUAAACCGUUAGUCAAGUUGGCUUCUCGAGUCAUGGGAAAAAAGCGUUGACUGGUAGAGCAGACAAAAAGUGAGAUUAUUCCGAGUCAAUUGCAGUGGAAACGGGAGAACGAGACGAGACAAAGUAAGGGAGGGUACAAAAAUAAUUCAUUCGUACAUAAGUCGAUGUGAAAAAAAAAUAUUUUGUAGAGGUCAAAUAGAUAAAAAAACGUCGGAAAAGAAAGAAGGAAUGUCGGAGACGGAGGCUGGGGCCUCCUGGCAACAACAUCACUACGUUUGGGGGUCGCCCUAUCCUCAUCAGACCCAACAACAUUCUCUUAACCCUCACAAUAAUCAACAACACCACAACCACCACCAUCACCACCAACAGCAAUCACAAAAACGACAACAAGAACACCAACAAUCACAGCAAGAAACACAUCAACACCAACAACACCAACAACACCAACAACACCAACAACAACAACACCAACAACAACAACAGCAACAACAACAACACCAACAACAACAACAACAACACCAACAACAGCAGCAACAACACCAACAACAACAACAACAACCACAACAACAACAGUUACAAAAGCAAGCAUACCAAGUUCAAUACCUUGAACAAUCAUCCUCUCCAGUGAACAACAGCCAAAAUGGUUACUCCGUAUCUCAUCAACAACAGAAGCAACAGCAUCCGAUGUCGCAUCAGUCUGAACAAGCGCCAUCUUCUCAUCAGUAUCAAAAUUUACGCGCUCAACCGAAUUCUCGACGGGAUGGAUUCUACGAGUCUCCAGGUACCGAUUCCACUCGGAUUUCUCUCGGCUUAUCUCCAAGGCUUUCACAAGGUGAUCCCAUGAUAACAUCCUCCCUGAAGGGGAAACAAAGUAAAGAUGGACCCGAGGAGAAGAAGGACGCGGACGGUGAAUUAUGGGGCAACGUGGAAGCACAGGCCGCCUUCCUCGGUCCCAACCUUUGGGACAAAACGCUGCCCUACGAUGCCGACCUGAAGUACGUGGACCUCGAUGAAUUCUUAUCCGAGAAUGGGAUCCCGGUGGACGGCGUCGCGAGCAGCGGUCAAGGGACCAUGCAGGCCAGCCAAUUGCACAAGAUCAACAGCGGCGAAGCCACCAGUCAUCAGGGUCCGGCAGGCUUGCACCUUGAACCAGUCACCAAACGCGAGAGAUCCCCAUCGCCGAGCGAAUGUUGCUCGCCCGACACCCUCAAUCCACCCUCACCAGCAGACUCCACGCUCUCGAUGGCAUCAUCGGGGCGGGACUUUGAUCCGAGAACCCGUGCUUUCUCUGACGAGGAGCUCAAGCCACAACCAAUGAUCAAGAAGUCACGGAAGCAGGUGAGAGCAUCGCUAUAUUCCUCAUUGUUUGUUCCGGACGACUUGAAGGACGACAAAUACUGGGCGCGUCGCAGGAAGAACAACAUGGCGGCGAAGCGCUCGCGAGAUGCACGCCGAAUGAAGGAAAAUCAGAUCGCACUGAGAGCUGGAUUUCUGGAGAAAGAGAACAUGGGGCUGCGACAGGAGUUGGAUCGGUUAAAGAACGAGAACAUGUUGCUGCGAGACAAGCUGAGCAAGUACACGGACGUUUAACCUUGGCGAAGACUCGCGAAAUCGACGAAAGUUGUAUCGUGAAUAAUGUCAUUUGGCCCUUGGAUCGACGGAGGACACGUGUGUCGCGUAUUUUUAUCGAGUUGUCCGGGACGAGGGAGAGAAUGAAAAAAAGAACAGAGAUCAAGGACGUUUUGAGGUUAGAGAGCGAGCGAAAGAGACAGCGAAAGAUUGAGAGUGUUAAGAAAAUAAGUGAAAAGUCAAAAGCGAAGGAUGAAAAGUGUAGAAAAUAUGUAGAGUAAAGAAAUACCGGUAAAGCAGAGAAAAAGCGCAGCGGGGAGUUUUGGCCUUGAAAGGAUCACCUUUGGUACCGAUUUCCGUUUAGCUUCAGAAAUAAGAAACACCUAAAACAAAAGAGGCGAAAAUCCCCAGAUCCGAGAAGCUCCCCUCACUUGUACAUAGUUAUAUGUAUAGUUAGAUUAUGUAUAAAAGAAUAUGAAAACAAACAAACAAACAAACAAACAAAACAAAGAAACGACGAAGAGAAUAAUGAAAAAGAAUUAAGUGCGCGUUAGUAUCGCGUACGUGCAUAUGUGCCCGCCUAAUAUCGAUUAUAUCACACAGUACGUCGUAGAGUACGAAAAAAAACAAUGAUUUUAAGAAACAAAGCAAAAUAUACAAAUAACACAGAGAUUUAAAAAAUGAAGAAACAAGAAAAAAUCGAAAAAAAAUAUAAUGGAAACGAAAUGAGUAAUGAAUUAACGAUGAAAACAACACAGAAAUAAGGACGACGAAUAGAUACCGGAAAUGGUACUUGUUAGUGUACUACUUUUAGACGUAUAUACGAGAAAAACAGACACCACGAGGGUGGGUUGAAGAAAUAGUGGAAGGAUCAUACAAAAGCGAUGAAAAUAGGGGAAAAAACCCACCUGACACGAUUUCAUCGGCGAGUCAAACGAUACGGAGAGUUAAUUAAAUCGAGUAAAUAACAUUUUUUCAGCACACGUAAAAGCGCCCUCUUUCGGGACGACUUUUUAACGCGAAGUUAGGAUUUGUACAAAGAAAGUAUGGAGAAUUUGGAUGUUUUUCUUCUUUU